UGUGCAGUGAUUUGUAAACGUAUGGUUCCACAACAAAAAACUGCGAUUUUGAGUUACAGCGAAACUGUCCUUUAGCUUGUUGCUGCAAGGAUUGUUUGCAACGUUUACGGUGCGUCCAGGAUAUUCGAAGGCAAAGCGCGGAUCCCCGAUUUCAUGCCGUGACACGGGUUUUACGCAUCUUGGACUAGUUUCUUCGGGAAAGUAAAUAAUAGUCGUCAAUCUAGAGCAGAGUGAUUCUUCUGCAAAUAUUUAAACGGAUCAAACAGAAACAAACCACGAGCGGAAGGAUAACUCUUUCAUGAUUUUCGACUAACGCCAGUGCAAUCCUAUACUUUUCAUCAUGUCGGCUGGACCGUACAACUAUUCGUACAUUUUCAAGUACAUUAUUAUCGGUGAUAUGGGAGUUGGCAAAAGUUGCCUGUUGCAUCAAUUCACCGAAAAGAAAUUUAUGGCCAGCUGCCCGCACACGAUCGGGGUAGAAUUUGGGACGCGCAUCAUUGAGGUGGAUAAGCAGAAAAUUAAACUGCAAAUAUGGGACACGGCAGGACAGGAACGGUUCCGGGCGGUCACACGAUCGUACUAUCGUGGGGCAGCUGGUGCACUUAUGGUGUACGACAUCACCCGACGGUCAACUUACAAUCAUCUGUCCAGCUGGUUGACGGAUACACGCAAUCUUACGAACCCUAGUACUGUGAUAUUUCUGAUCGGAAACAAGUCCGACCUGGAGAGCACCCGUGAGGUGACGUACGAGGAGGCUAAGAGCUUCGCCGACGAACACGGGCUUCUUUUCGCAGAAGCCAGUGCAAUGACCGGUCAGAACGUGGAGGAAGCAUUUUUGGAAACGGCCAGAAAGAUCUACCAAAGCAUCAAGGAUGGCCGUCUGGAUCUGAACUCGUCCGAAACGGGCGUACAGCAUAAGCCGGCCCAAUCGCCCCGAACGACACUCAGCAACGAUGCGCAAGCAAAUAAGGAGAACUGCUCCUGCUAAAUCCUUAUAUACCUUCUGGUACCUCGGGGGCGUUCGUUGAGUAAGGAAUGGUCGAUGAAGUGUUCGCCAACUAUUCCAGGUGCGAUGGCAAAGGGAAAUGGAAGGAAGUUAAUUGUCAUGCCAAAAUUUGUUCCAAACAAAGCAAGAAAAACAAUCUGAACGAAGGAUAGAAAGUGAAUGUAUUUGGAAGCCGGCAUUGAGAGAGAUACAGAGAGUACCGGUGAAAACAUAUGGACGAACCAACGAUGUUGGCCGUUCAUACCAUUUCCGUUGUUGAUUUUUUUUCUGCCAAUUCGAAUAAGAAUUUUCCUUGUUUCCCUUUUACGUUCCGUAAGCUAAUUUGUUACUAGAUCAGAUUAUAUGAACCACAGAAAAGCAGCAAGUCGUCAGGAUAUUCCAAAACAGUUGCUGUUUUCCGGAAGCAGCCCGUUUUUCAAGUGAUGAUAUGAGAAGUAUACAAGCUUUUCACUGUUAGGCAACAUUUAGUAUUUUUAUGGUAAAUAUACUUAGGAGAAAAGAAUGUUAUUUAUCAUUUCCGGCCAAAUAAUCAUGCUUUCGUUUGUUUGAUUUUGGUUUGUUGAAAUUUAUUUUAUGUUGUUAUAUUCUAACCAUAUCCUACCAUAACCUCGAACAAAGAAAGAGACAGAUGCUGACGUGUCUAAUUUUUAAACAAUUCCUUAUGAUUUAUUAAAAAACAAAUGUAGUCGAUAAAUCAAACUAGAAAAAAUAAGACACUUGAACAGCAACAGUCAGUCAGUUUGGAUUCGGAUUUAGUUCAAAAAUAUUUUAUUAGCCAUGUAGUCUGGCAUAACACAGUUGGCGGUGCUCGUCGGAUCUCUUAUUGGCUUUUCAUGGCGCAUUAGGUGUUUUCUGCUGGGUGAUGCUAAGAAAAAACGAAAUCUCGAAAAAGGGAGUACAAAAAGUGGAUACUGUAAUCAGCCAGACAUAUUACGAAAACACGUGGUGCAAUAGAUGAGUAGUUCUUAUUAAGUUCAAUGUGGCGUUAUGUGCCCCGCAUGAAUCUUAUCAUCCUUAAAAAAAUGAUCCGUGGUUGAAAUAGGUUUGGUGUUAAAGAUUUAAUAAAGAGUACCAUAACAAUAACCACUUAUCCGAGAUCGCUGAUAGAAAAUAAAACAAAAAAGAACAAUUUAGAGAACUCCUUCCAUUCCCUUCGUAUUAUGAUUAAACAAA